AUGAGUUUCUGUACACAACUUACAAAUAAAGGACUGCUGCAGAUACUUCAGCUGUGUGGAAGUACACUUAGAUCCCUGGAUAUAUCAAGAACAAAUAUAACAGGAGAGAAUCUGUCUGAAUACAAGGGAACCCUGCCUUGUUUAGAGAACCUGAACAUGAGUUUCUGUACACAACUUACAAAUAAAGGACUGCUGCAGAUACUACAGCUGUGUGGAAGUACACUUAGAUCCCUGGAUAUAUCAAGAACAAAUAUAACUGGAGAGAAUCUGACUGAAUACAAGGGAACCCUGCCUUGUUUAAAGAACCUGAACAUGGAACUCUGUAGACAACUCACAAACAAAGGAUUACUACAAAUACUUCAGCUUUGUGGAAGUACACUCAGAUCCCUGAAUAUAGGAUUAACAAAUAUAACUGGUGAAAAUCUGUCUGAAUACAAGGGAACCCUGCCUUGUUUAGAGAGCCUAAACAUGGGAAACUGUAAACAACUUACAAACAAAGGACUGCUGCAGAUACUACAGCUUUGUGGAAGUACACUUAGAUCCCUGGAUAUAUUAAAUUCAAAUAUAACUGGAGAAAAUCUGUCUGAAUACAAGGGGACCCUGCCUUGUUUAGAUAACCUGGAAUUAAAUUACUGUGAAAAGCUUACAGAUAAUGGACUACGGCAGAUACUACAGCUGUGUGGAAGUACACUUAGAUCCCUGGAUAUAACAGGAACAAAUGUAACAGGAGAAAAUCUGACUGAAUACAAGGGAACCCUGCCUUGUUUACAGAACCUGAAAAUGCGAGACUGUGAACAACUCACAAACAAAGGAUUACUACAAAUACUUCAGCUUUGUGGAAGUACACUCAGAUCCCUGAAUAUAGGAUUAACAAAUAUAACUGGUGAAAAUCUGUCUGAAUACAAGGGAACCCUGCCUUGUUUAGAGAGCCUAAACAUGGGAAACUGUAAACAACUUACAAACAAAGGACUGCUGCAGAUACUACAGCUUUGUGGAAGUACACUUAGAUCCAUGGAUAUAGGAUUAACAAAUAUAACUGGAGAGUAUCUGUCUGAAUACAAGGGAACCCUGCCUUGUUUAGAGAACCUGAACAUGAGAAACUGUAAACAACUUACAAACAAAGGACUGCUGCAGAUACUACAGCUUUGUGGAAGUACACUCAGAUCCCUGGAUAUAUUAGGAACAAAUGUAACUGGAGAAAAUCUGACUGAAUACAAGGGAACCCUGCCUUGUUUAAAGAACCUGAACAUGGGUGCGUGUAAACAACUCACAGAUAAAGGACUGCUGCAUAUACUACAGCUUUGUGGAAGUACACUUAAAUCCCUGAAUAUAGCGUGUACAGCUAUAACUGGAGAGAAUCUGUCUGCAUACAAGAUUACCCUGCCUUGUUUAGAGAACCUUAACAUGAGAGACUGUGAACAACUCACAGAUAAAGGACUGCUGCAGAUACUACAGCUUUGUGGAAGUACACUUAGAUCCCUGGAUAUAUUAAAUUCAAAUAUAACUGGAGAAAAUCUGUCUGAAUACAAGGGGACCCUGCCUUGUUUAGAUAACCUGGAAUUAAAUUACUGUGAACAGCUUACAGAUAAUGGACUACGGCAGAUACUACAACUGUGUGGAAGUACACUUAGAUCCCUGGAUAUAACAGGAACAAAUAUAACUGGAGAAUAUCUGUCUCAGUACAUUCACGUGAAAGUGACCAGGGGGUGA